AUGGUCCUAUCCGAUAGAGUUGCGCGGCCGCCCCCGACGCGGCAAGCGCGGCGGAGAGAAGCUGGGCCGUUUACGGGCAUGAACCGCACUGUGGCCAACAUCCGCGAACGACCGGCGCAAGCCGCAACGACAACGACAACAUCGUCUUCUACGCCGACAAUAUCACGGCACGCAUCCCGGCGGCUGAAAGAUGACAGGGAUGGCGGACGGGGCGGUGGCAGCAGCAACAGCAGCAGCAGAAGAAGCAGAGACGGUAGCAAGAAACCCUUCAAGGCGCUCCGCAUGCAACAGUCCCUGGCGACGAUCGGCUACGGCCAGCGGACGCAGAUCAGGUCGCGCAUGGCGGAGCUGGACCAGUUCGACCAGUUCAAGCUGCUGCCAUCGCUGCAGACGGCGGUCCAGUCGGACGCACUCCGGGGCAUGGUGGAUGUGAAGCCGACGCCCAUCCAGCGGCUCGCGAUCCCGAUGCUGCUGGGCCAGGUGGUGGACCGCCGGCAAUCGCGGCAAGUGGCACCGGGCGGCGUCCGUGAGUUUUUGCUGGCUGCAGAGACGGGGUCCGGCAAGACACUGGCGUACCUGCUGCCGGCCGUGGACGCGCUGAAGCGUGCAGAGGCAGAGGACGAGGAGAUCAUAGCGUACAAGAAGCGGCUGGCGGACGAGAAGGAGCGGCGCGCGGCGGCAAACUACCGCGGCUCGACGGUCUUUGAGCCGCACCCGACGACGGCGCGGCCGCGCGUGGUUGUGCUCGUGCCGUCGGCCGAGCUUGUCGGGCAGGUGGGCGGCGUGGCCAAGGCGCUGUCGCACGAAGUCAAGUUCCGCACGGAGCUGCUGUCGGCCAACGUGUCGCCCAAGGCCAUGGAGCGCAACCUGCACUCGCCGUCGGGCAUUGACGUGGUGGUGGCGACGCCGCACCUGCUGGCAUCGAUUGCCGAGGCCGAGCCCAACGUGCUGUCGCGCGUGACCCAUUUGAUCAUUGACGAGGCGGACUCGCUGCUCGACCGCAGCUUCUCGCCGGCGACGACGGCCAUCCUGGAGCGGGCGCGCCCGUCGCUCCAGCAGCUCAUCUUGUGCUCGGCCACGAUCCCACGGCGACUCGACACGUAUCUGGCCAACCACUUCCCCAACAUGCAGCGGAUCACGACGCCCAACCUGCACGCGAUCCCGCGGCGUGUCCAGCUGGGUGUCAUUGACGUGACCAAAGAGCCGUACCGCAACAACAAGGACCUCGCGUGCGCGGACGCCAUCUGGUCGAUUGGCAAGGAUGUGUCGGCGUCCUCCUCGGCCAACGACGACCGGCCAGAUGGCGCCCGCGGCGACGGCGAGUCGGACGUCAAGCGGAUCAUGGUGUUUGUCAAUGAGCGCGAGAAGACGCAAGACGUGGCCGAGUUUCUGCGCGGCAAGGGCAUCGACGCCGUGGCGCUGCACCGCGACGCGUCCGAGUCGCGGCACACGGACAUGCUGGCGCUGUUCACGGCGGCGGGGCCACUCAAGGCGGCCGCCCUGCAUGCGGCACAGGCACCAGUCCCGUCCCCGGCGAUGGGCGGCCGCUCGCUGGCCAACACCAAGGUGAUUGUGGCGACGGACUUGGCCUCGCGCGGCAUCGACACCUUGGGCGUGCGGCAUGUGGUGCUCUACGACGUGCCGCACACGACGAUUGACUUUAUCCACCGCCUGGGCCGUGCCGGCCGCAUGGGUCGGCGUGGUCGGGGCAUUGUGCUGGUGGGCAAGGACGACCGGCGGGACAUUGUGGCCGAGGUGCGCGAGAGCAUGUACAUGGGCCAAGCGCUUGUGUGA